AUGGUGAAGCAACAAGGUCUUUAUACCGUAAAGAACAACGAGAUCUAUAAUACAGAUGAAUUUAGAAUGUAUAGUUUCAAAGUAAAACCUUGUUUAAGAACUUAUUUUCAUGAAUGGACCGAGUGUCCCUUUGUUCAUCCAGGGGAAACCGCAAGGCGCCGUGAUCCGAACAAAUAUAACUACACCUGUUUGCCUUGUCCCGAGUUUCAGAAUGGAGGAUCGUGCAGCAAAGGGGAUGCAUGUGAAUAUGCACAUGGUGUUUUUGAAUGCUGGCUUCAUCCUGCUCAUUACAGGACAAAGUUUUGCAAUGAUAAGGUUGGAUGCACCAGAAAAGUUUGUUUCUUUGCUCACAAUCCUGAGGAGCUUCGCCCGGUGUAUGCUUCUACUGGCUCAGGUUUACCUUUACCCACAUCAUAUUCAUCUAGUACUUUUCCAAUUUACCCUUUCACUGUGAAUGCUUUACAACCUGCAUGGAAGCCACCUUUGACUCCAUCUGUAGCAUCACCGCAUGCUGCUGGAACUGAGUGGCAGAUUCAUGCUGCAGUCCCUACCUUUCAGAUGCUCCAACUUGAAUAUCUCUUUAUGUGGAAGCUAAUGAUUGACGAGAUGGCAAGUCUCACAGGAGUGAAUCAUACCAAUACCAACUUUGAAGGCAUUUUCAGGUCGCAGAUACCAUCUCUAACAUCAUUGCAGGUGCAUCAGAAUAGGGGCUAUCCUGCUGAUCUUAUCAAUUCAAAUGUGGUUCAAUCACCACAAAUUAGGGUUGGUCCAUCUGUGUAUCCAAGAUAUGAUGCCUUUUCGAAGCGGAGUCAUUCUGAGCGUCCUUCUACUUCUUCAGCUGCUAUGGAGCCUUCUACCACCUUCCCUGGUUGGGGCUCUCCAGGUAGAAAAUUAGACUGGACCAUCAGCAACAAGGAGCUGAAUAAGAUGAGAAAAUCUUAUUCUUCCGGUUUUCAAAACUGA